AUGUUUAACAAAGUUCUACAACGAGCUCUAAAAUUUCGUUUGAAAAAGAGUUAUCCUACUAAUAUUUAUGAUUUGAAUAGAGGAGCGGCGAUCGCUGUUCGCCGUCCGUAUAGCGAUGAAGUAAAACGGGCUCAAGCUUCUAGCGUAGCAAGUCCGGGUCCAACUAUAUUCGACAAAAUAAUUUCCAAAGAAAUAAAAGCUGAUAUAAUAUACGAAGAUGAUUUUUGCCUGGCGUUUAACGAUGUUUCUCCUCAGGCGCCGGUUCACUUCUUAGUCAUACCAAAGAAAAGAAUUCCUAGAUUGCAAGAUUGCGAAUCUUCUGAUAAAGAGCUACUUGGUCAUCUAAUGAUAGUUGCAAGGUCCCUUGGUGGAGAACGAGCUCCAGCUGGGUGGAGGUUGGUGAUUAAUAAUGGCAGACAUGGAGCUCAAUCUGUCUACCACUUACAUUUACAUGUACUCGGUGGACGUCAGAUGGGAUGGCCACCUGGCUAA